AAACAGCAGCUCCACUUUUCACAGCUGCAGUCUGACUUUAGGCAGCGAUGGAGGCUGUGAUCUUAAAGUACAUCUGCGCCAAUCAGGGAGCGGUUAACCUUGAAGAUCUGGUUAGUAAUCUCGGUGAAUCCGCGAACGAGGUGGUUUCCAACCCCAGCAGGUUUGCUCUGAGCUCCGGUGCUGACGGGCAGCAGAGAGUGGUGGCCCGGAGCGGCCUGAGGCUGUGCAGGAAGAAGGACUGUCCCGGGGACUGCAGGAGCCUCCACCUGUGCAAAAACUUCCUCUUCAGCGGCACCUGCCACUUCCUGCUCAGAAGAGGAUGCAGUUUCUCCCAUGAAUUAAACUCGGACUACAACCAAAGGUUACUGAAAGAACAUGAGCUGGAUUGCCUGAACAGGGCGGAGCUCUGUACGCUGCUGCUGCAGAGCGACAACACCAUGCUGCCCUCUAUAUGUCAUGAUUACAAUAACGGCGACGGCUUGUUCGGCCGGUGCGAGAGCGGCUUAGCUUGUGAAAGGCUUCACGUCUGUGAGAGGAUGCUGGACCAAACCUGUAGCUGCUACCGGGAACAUAACUUUUUCGGUCUUCAGCCGAGGAAAAGCUUAAACGCUAAGAUGGUCCCCGACAACAUCAUUGUGUCCUUGAAGUCUGUUUAUGCCAAUAAGAAGGCGCUGUGGGUCUCCGGUAGAGCAGGAGCGAGUCGAGGGCACAGGGGGAACCGUGGGGGGCCCAAUGAAAGACACGGCAGAGGAAGAGCGAGAGGGGGCAAUAGAGGGGGUAGGGGCACCAGGGGUCAUAGAGGAAACCUCAGCCAGCGACGAACACCUAGCCAUAGCGACAUCUCCGCUGAUCUUGAUCUGUUGGAUUUGUACACGGAAGACGGAGUAAAUGACGACGACAGUCUGCAUGGAGGUUAUAAUUCCUCCAGCAGUGACGUCUCUGCUGCUGGCUACGACGUCGAUAGAAGAAGUGACAGUGGUUUGAAUGGGCCGGGACCCUACGGCCGGGGGAGGGGGGGUUACAGGGGGCCAAGAGGCGCCAGGGGGAACAGGGGGAACAGGGGAGGCAGGGGAACAGGAUACAACCCCCUACAGCAACUACGAAGCACUUCCUUUGGCGACCUCUGGGGCGAGCCCAGUGGCCUGAACCUGUACGGCGAAGGCGAACCGAGUCACAGUGACAGUCGCCAGCAAGAUCCCGAUUCAUCCAACAGUGACGUCUCCGCCAUCACAGACGACGCGGGCGCCCAGAGUGCAAAGACAAAACGGCGCUCAAAGAGUCGCAAUCGAACUUCAGCAAGUAAAGGGAGAGGAAGCAACCAUGGAGGGCCCCGAAGGGCCUCUGCUACCGACGACCCCGGCGCUGGUGCAGAACAGGGAAACAAGGAACAGAAAAAAGGACAAAAGAACAAAACUGCAAAGAUUGAUAAAACGGAGAUAUGCAUGUACUUCAUCAAAGGCUACUGUAAAAAUGGAGACAAGUGCUUUAAAGCUCACGACAAGAUGCCGUACAGAUGGCAGGUCUAUGAAGGCGACCAGUGGAAGGCGUUGCCCAGUAAUGAGGCCAUCGAAAAGGAGUUCUGUGACCCUGGAAACUCGUACAGAUGGAUUUAUCAGUUCAUCCUUAUAUUAAAGAAAAACAGUUUGGUUUUAGCUGCAUCCACUGAGACAGAACCGCCGUGUGUUUUGCAGAGCGCUGGAAGGAAAUCUGCGGACAUCAACAGCGCCACGCUGGAGAAGAAGUUUCUGGAAGAUCAGAACGACACUUUGGAGUUUUCUGUCGGCUCUCAGUCGUACUCUCUUAGUUUUCAGGACAUGAUUCAGACAAACAAACGUUACGGCACGAAGAGGGUGGUGAGCAGACGUCCUCGGUUCGUCUCCACCGAAGAAGUCAAAUCGAAGAAAGUGACAAGACCUCCAGCUGUGCCAGACAACUGGGACAAAACUCAGAUCCCUGAACGAGGAUUCUCGAAAGUCUCCAUUCCGCAAACAUCAGAUGAAUUUAAAAGGCUUCAAACACUUUUUAGUACAACCAUGAGAGGCUUUGAUAUUAUCCAGAUAGAGAGGAUUCAGAACAAAGCACUUUGGGAACUCUUUCAGUGGCAAAAGAAUAAGAUGAAGACCAACAACGGUGGACAGGAAGUAGUAGAAAAGCAACUAUUUCACGGCACCAACCCCGAGUACGUUGAAGCUAUUUGCCACAACAACUUUGAGUGGCGGCUGUGUGGGGUUAAUGGGACAGCUUAUGGCAAGGGAAGCUACUUUGCCCGGGACGCUAAAUACUCGCACAGCUACACCGGUAACUCUGAUGUCAGAACCAUGUUCGUGGCCCGUGUGCUGGUGGGGAGCUACACUAAAGGGGACUCCAGUUACAAACUGCCUCCUUCCAAAGACGGCGGAGUCCAUAACCUCUACGACAGCUGUGUUAAUGACGUCACAGACCCUUCUAUAUUUGUAGUGUUUAAGGAGAACCAGAUCUAUCCUGAGUACCUGCUGCAGUACAAGACCACACAUCCACUUGUGGACAGACUGAGUACACCGACGGUUUCGGUACAGCAAGUGAAACCAGUGGUUCCACCUAAGCCACCGGUGUCUCAAACUAGCGCAGCGGCAUAUAAACCGAGCACCGCGUCGUAUAAUUCCAGCACCGCGUUGUAUCAUCUCAGUACCGCGUCGGCACAGCAAGUGAAACCAGUAGUUCCACCUACGCCACCAGUGUCUCAAUCCAGCACUGCUUCAUAUAAUCCCAGCAGCGCGUCUUAUAAUCCCAGCAGCGCGUCUUAUAAUCCCAGCAGCGCGUCUUAUAAUCCCAGCAGCGCGUCUUAUAAUCCCAGCAGCCCGUCUUAUAAUCCCAGCAGCGCGUCUUAUCUAUCGAGAUCCUCCAGCACAUCAUCUCCGCCGUACCGAAGCAGUUACCAACCCGCCUCUUAUCCUUCAUCUUCCUCAUCGAGACCCCAACCCUCAAAGUCCGACUCCUGUGUCAUAGCUUAAAGAAAACAGUCAGAUCGCCCAAAAGUCUGUCUACAAUUAUACUUUUUUGCUUAAAGUAAUCUUUGUAUUUCAUCAACAUUCAACCUGUAGUAGAAAAUAUUGGAUAUAAUUGAGAAACUUGAUCUUUUUUCAUGUUUUUGUUAUUUAGUACCUUUGCAUCCAUCAACAGACAGUAAAGCGCUUUUCUCAGGGUUACCUGUAUUUAAAUGGUGCUCUCUACCAAACUCACACUAAUGAGGCUGGGCGGGUACCACCUACAGUCCUCUAUUUGUUGUGACUGACCUGUCGUUCAUUUUGUAGAAAAAGAGGAUCUUUUGCAGACGAACACAGUUCCAAAGAAACGCCAGCACGCUGUUAGCGGGCCUGCGGUGGCGACGAAGCAUUGAUGGAUCCGUCUUCAGCGCUGUCAGAUUAAAACAGCCUUAUUUACGUUUCUUAAUAACUAUUUUCCUAAACAACAGAUUUUUUUUGGUUUUUUUUUGGAAGCUCUGUAAUCAACAAGGUACAAAUGGGCUUUAGUAGUUCUUCCAGUCCUGCGGGUGGCGCUGUAGCGCCAGUAUGAGAUAAACAAAUCAAUGGAUCAAGCCAGUCAUGUUUGCGCUGC